UGUCAUUGUCCUUUGCGUCAGCCAAGACCAAAUAUCUCUCCAAGCCCAAGAACACAUCAUGCCCUUACACAGUCUUUUGCUUUUGCACAUUUUGUACUGUUUCUUCUAAAUACAAGUUUUAUUGAAUUGAGUUCCUUUUUAUGUUUUAAGUUUUAAGGCCCAGUCACACUAAAGAGAAAGACUCCAGACCUAGCAGCUUUGGAGAAAAGGGGGGUAUGCCUUUUAAUCACCGAGCUUGGCCUUUGGAAAUUCUGUUGGGGACUCAAGGGGACAGAAGGAAGUCAACUGGUGCUGGAAAAAAGUCUUGAAGCAAAAUAUAUGCCUAAAAUCAGUCUAUGAUCUGUCACCUCUCCUAAUCAGCUCUGCCCCCAAUCAUCAAGAUAAGUAGAGUUCUCUUUAUAUGCCAAAGCCCACAUCCCACUAUCUGUAGGGCAGAGUUAUCCAUCAGUCAAUCUCUCAGUCUCUCCAUCCAUCCAUCCAUCCAUCCAUCCAUCCAUCCAUCCACCCACCCAUUUGCUGGGUAACUGUGUGCCUAUCACAGAGACCAGACCUGCAAACUGUCAUCUGGGUGGUGAGGACCAUAGGAGAGAUCAGCAACGUCUUGUUUUUCGUUUUACCUCCCAUCUGCAUGUGCUUGUUUCGUCAAUAUGCAACAUGCUUCAACAGUGGCAUCUACUUAAUAUGGACUCUGUUAGUUGUAGUGGGAAUUGGAUCCGUCUACUUCCAUGCAACCCUUAGUUUCCUGGGUCAGAUGCUUGAUGAACUUGCAAUCCUUUGGGUUCUGAUGUGUGCUCUGGCCAUGUGGUUCCCCAGAAGGUAUCUACCAAAGAUCUUUCGGAAUGACAGGGGCAGGUUCAAGGCGGUGGUCUGCGUCCUGUCUGCAGUUACAACGUGCCUGGCGUUUGUCAAGCCUGCCAUCAACAACAUCUCUCUGAUGACCCUGGGGGUUCCUUGCACGGCGUUGCUCAUUGCCGAGCUAAGGAGGUGUGACAACGUGCGUGUUUUUAAGCUGGGCCUCUUCUCGGGCCUCUGGUGGACCCUUGCCCUCUUCUGCUGGAUCAGUGACCGGGCCUUCUGUGAGCUGCUGUCGUCCUUCCACUUUCCCUACCUGCACUGCGUGUGGCACAUCCUCAUCUGCCUGGCCGCCUACCUGGGCUGCGUGUGCUUCGCCUACUUCGAUGCUGCCUCCGAGAUACCCGAGCAAGGCCCCGUCAUCAAGUUUUGGCCCAGCGAGAGAUGGGCCUUCAUCGGCGUCCCCUACGUGUCCCUUCUGUGCGCCAACAAGAAAUCACCAGUCAAGAUCACGUGAUGGCAAGGCAGUGGCUGGCCUCUCUGCUUCUUUUCCCUCACGCACCUCAACUUCAUCUGCCAGCAGAGACAGCCAGGGGGGUUGCAGAGUCUG